UCCUGUCAUUCCACAUCGGCGCGUGCCAUCAUUUAAGUAACACAACAAGCGAGAGCUGCACGUUAUUCGCCUCGGCUUGCUCUCUCAAACAGCACUUCUAUCACACCCGUGUCGUUUUUAGAGAUAUAAUACUAUAUCGGACCUCACUUAGAGUAAGAGCGAGUUUUGAUUUUGUUUCUUUGCUUCGAGAAGAAAAGUAUUUUUCCUGGCUUCGCAGGCUAACUAGUUUAGCUGUCUCGCGAGUUAUUCGAUACUGGGAUUAUUUUAGCAUUCGAGGAAUCUAGUAUCGCCACAUGGAGGUUUUUUAAGGAUAAUGGCAGAUAUUUACACGUGACACAGGACUGUGAUCUCGGGUUGGAGCUUGUGGAUCUUGUGAAAGGCGAAGUGAAGCUUUCUGAAGAGCAGAUGUUCCUCUGACACAAGUAAAAAUGAUGCCUAUGAUUUUAACAGUGUAUUUGAGUGAUGGGGAGCAGGCCCUUACAGAGGUGCCCAUCACUCCAGAGACGACGUGCCGCGAUGUGGUGGAGUUCUGUAAAGAACCGGGGGAAAGUGGCUGCCACCUGGCCGAAGUUUGGCGUGGAAAUGAGCGAGCUAUCCCCUUUGACCACUUGAUGUAUGAGCACCUGCAGAAAUGGGGUCCCAGAAAGCAGGAGGUUAAAUUCUACCUACGGCAUGAAGAUUCGCCCACUGAAAGCAGCGAUCAGGGGAGCCAGCAGUCUCAGGAGCAGCCCAGCAUGAGAGGAGGAAGCAGCUCAGACACGCACAAUGAAAACGGGGUGGGAAACCCUCGUGUGGAGCUCACUCUCUCAGAGCUGCAGGAGAUGGCCACUCGUCAGCAACAGCAAAUUGAGGCCCAGCAACAGAUGCUCGUCGCUAAGGAGCAACGCUUGCGUUAUCUGAAGCAGCAGGAGCGGCGUCAGCAGCAGGCUGUGUCGGAGACAGAGAAACUGCAGAGGCUGAAAGAGAGGGUGGAGGGUCAGGAGGCCAAACUCAAAAAGAUCAAAGCCAUGAGGGGCCAAGUGGACUAUAGUAAAGUCAUAAACGGCAACCUGUCUGCAGAGAUCGAGCACGUCAGCGGAUUGUUCCAGGAGAAGCAGUCUGAGCUGCAGGCGGCUGUGUUGAGGGUGGAUCAGCUCAGCCAGCAGCUGGAGGAUCUAAGGAAAGGCAAACUGAAUGGCCUGCAGACUCUCGGCAGUCAGGUCACCGGCACUGCUGCCCUGGAGCUCCGCAAACUCUACCAGGAGCUGCAGAUACGUAACAAGCUGAAUCAGGAGCAAAACGGCAAACUGCAGCAACAGAAAGAGCUGUUGAAUAAGAGAAACAUGGAGGUGACGCUGAUGGACAAACGUAUCAAUGAACUCCGAGAUCGACUGUACAAGAGAAAAGCUGAGGCACGUCAAAAAGAAAACCUCCCUCUGAAUAGAGUAAAUGGUCCUCCCUCUCCACAGCCGGCUUCUGGAAAUACAGGGCGCGUGGCAGCCGUGGGACCCUACAUCCAGGUCCCAGUGCCUAGCAGGCAAGAAGGUUAUGCAGUUCCCCCUGAACCCCUCAAACCUCAGUCACUGGGGGUCAACACCCCAGCCAACCAUGGCCGCUCCAAAUCAGAUGGAGCAAGAAAGCCCCCCGGCCCCUGGAAGGUCUCUGAUUUAGACAUCAUAGUGGACCCGAUCGCUCCGCCCCCUACAGAGCCCCGCCCAGGCCCUGGGGCUCCACCCCAAGUCUCCUGCUCUGCAGUAGGGUCGGACGGCCCCCCUCUGAAUGAUGUCAGCUUGCCUACACUCACCAAGGGCAACACAUCAGUCAAGCCACCUGACUGGAAGGAGUCGGGAACAGACACAACCAGUAAAACAGCAUCACCUGCAGGCACUCCCUUAGAUAAGAUUCAGGAAUCCGGUAAACUAGGCCCAGUUCCUCCCAGUAAGCCCCAGCCUCCUCCAUACGGAGCCCACACCAGCAACCACCCCCUCUCAUCUUCCAACUCUGGCUCCACCAGCUCUUUAGACCGCCGUAAAGACGUUCCUCUCCGGCCUGUGCCCAGCCUACCCAACCAGCCGCCACCCCCACCGGCCUGGCCCCGGGUCCUGCCCGCACCUACCGGCUCGUCCUCCCAACAGAUCCAGCAGCGUAUUUCUGUUCCCCCCAGCCCCACCUUCCAGCAAAAUCCCCCCUUUUUCCCACCUGGAGAGAGACAGGACCCUCCUCUGGCUGUAGCUGUACGGCCUUUCAUCCCAGACAAGGGCUCUAGACCACAGUCACCAAGGAAAGGUCCAGCCACCAUGAACUCCAGCUCCAUCUACCAUAUGUACCUACAGCAGCCGGCUCCCAAAAACUUCCCCCUGAACAGCAAACCGGCAGUUAAAGCAGUAUACGGUAAGCCACUCCUGCCUUCCAACUCUUUACCCGCCUCUCCAUUAACAUUCGGGGGCACUGGAGCAUUUCCUCCCCUGCAGGGUUCAGGAGACGACAUGUUGGAUAGCGAGCUGGAUUUCGAGGGCCAAUUUGUAGGUCUCCCCGAGCCACCCCCACCCAGCAUAGACCACAUUCCACGACCCCUAAGCCCCACUAAACUCACACCCAUGGUGCACUCACCUAUGCGCUACCAGAGCGAUGCCGACCUUGAGGCCUUACGCAAGAAACUGGCCAAUGCUCCACGACCACUCAAAAAACGCGGCUCCAUUACAGAACCAGAAGGGCCCAACGGGCCCAACAUCCAGAAGCUGCUGUAUCAGAGAUUCAACACCCUGGCCGGCGGGAUGGAAGGAGGAAUCGGAGGUAUGGAUGGAGGGGAAGGAGUCAAUCCAUUCUACCAGCCCUCUGGAUCAACAGGUGAAGUUCUCUUUGAUGCAAAUAAUGGAAAUCCACCCUCAGGAACCUCAUCUUCCGUGCCUCACAAGCGCACUAUUGCAGGAGCAGUUGUCCAGCAAGAUGAUUCCAAUGAUAAUGAACCCCUACAGCAAGCGACUGAAACACUAAGACCUCCGGCACAAGAACCAUCCGAGGAUCGCAACAAUAACACUGAACCUUCAGCCACCUUGCCGAGCCCCGUAGAUGAGGCCAGCACACCUGAGGAAGCGGAUACCUCCUUUAAGCCUGUGGGCAAACGGACUAACCUAAAGAAGCCAAACUCAGAACGAACAGGUCACGGCUUAAGAGUGAAGUUCAACCCACUCGCCCUGUUGUUGGACGCCUCACUGGAGGGAGAAUUUGACCUUGUACAAAGGAUAAUCUAUGAGGUUGACAAUCCCAGCACCCCAAACGACGAGGGCAUCACACCUCUCCAUAACGCAGUGUGUGCUGGCCACCACCCUAUCGUCAAGUUCCUGCUGGACUUCGGGGUGAACGUGAAUGCGGCAGACAGUGACGGCUGGACGCCCUUGCACUGCGCUGCUUCCUGUAACAGCGUGCACCUGUGUAAGGUUCUGGUGGAGUCUGGCGCAGCCAUCUUUGCCACCACCAUUAGCGACGUGGAGACGGCAGCGGACAAAUGUGAAGAGAUGGAAGAGGGUUUCAUACAGUGCUCCCAGUUCCUCUAUGGUGUGCAGGAGAAAAUGGGUGUAAUGAAUAAAGGAGUUGUGUAUGCUCUGUGGGAGUAUGUGUCUCAGAGUGCAGAUGAGCUUUCCUUUCAGGAGGGAGACGCCAUUACCGUCCUGCAUAGGAAAGAUGACACCGAGACAGACUGGUGGUGGUGCAAACUCAAUGACAAAGAGGGCUACGUGCCACGUAACCUGCUGGGGCUGUAUCCCAGAAUAAAACAACGUCAGAGAUCUCUGGCUUAACCAGCCCUUGCUUGGCCACACCCCUUUCCUGGGGGAUUGACUGGACUAACCUGGGGAUGUAGAGCCUAUGUCUUUCACCUCAGUGUGCCACUUUGACUACAGAAGGGGAGAAGCUGCUAAUCCCCCUUUGGAGGCACAAUCAACCUAAAGCGCUAUACAAACACACACACUUUAAUAUAACACUAAAAUAAAAGCUGCCUCAGGUUUCUCCCUCAUCUCCACCUCUAGACCUCAGUGUAUCGCCCUUGUAUAUCAUAAUUGAUAGAAAAUUGAUCAUAGCUGUACAUUACACCUUGGGGAGAAAAGCACUAAUAAGUUUCUGUGUGCUUGUAAGCUUUGGUUUUUCUAGGUAUGGCUUUACCCACGAUGCUUUGCUCAGAGGACUAGGGCUGGGAGACCUAAACCUUCUGUCAGUGAGGGAAUUCAGUAUGAUUUUAAUUAUAUGAGUGAGGCGAUGUGCUACAAAACAAGUUUGAACUGGAAGCGUAUAGAGAGCGAAGAACAAAGCUGUUCCAUAUGAGAACAAAACUUAUUCAAAUUAUUCAGACCUAUGACUGAGAUAAUACAUUUACUGAUGGGAAUGUAUACUACAUAGUUUGAAUGUGAGAGAUUGUGUUGAGUUAUUAUUUUCAUUCAUUACAGUGGGAUCACAAAAAUGCAUUUUUUUUUUGUGCGGAUGACAGCAAGAGAGAGAGAUCUUUUUACAGUAUAAGAGUGUUUUGAAGAGAGAGUAUGAAGUAUGUAGAGAGAGUGUGUUUUUUUAAUAGAGAAAAGCCAAGCUGGUGCUUCAGAACCUUGGAGAAUUAUUAUAGAAUUAUAAGAUAUAUAACCUACAAGGACUGACACUUUACAUAGUCAGUUUAUUCUUUGAAGAGGGUUGGGCUGGACAGCAGUUGUUUUCAGGCGCAACAUUUGGAAUUCAUUCAUUUUAAAGCUUUUACUGUAUGUUAUUUUACACUUUUUAUGUUGCUUUAUUUUAUUCCAGCCCUCUCCACUCCCGUUUUUAGUCAAGUGAGAUGAUUUUUAUAUUCUGCCAUGGAGGCAGUAAAGAGCUUUAUUGUGGAGUUUAACCCUGUAAAUACUGUGAGGAAGAUGAAAAAGGUGACAUGCUUGACUCAAUGCUGUUAAACUGACUGCCUGUUUGGGCUUCUGUGAAAUACAGCACCUUGUGUUCCAUACAUGUGCACAAUAAAAGAGAUGAGUCGUAGCAAGCAAA